AUGGACGGAAAUCAGAAUAACUUCUGGGGAAAACAACCAAACCUGAACAGAGUGUGCAGCGGCCUGAGUGCUGACAUGGAACAAAACCUAAGGGAGCUUCAGCAACAGCGAGUGGCCAGAGAGCUUAACGCCAGCGUACCCCUUUCCCAGUCUCCCUUCUACUCGGACACCUACCGCCUAACAUUGGAUAACAGACUGCUGUUCCAUGAAGGGGAUCAAGUGGUCCCUUCUUCUCAGAGACCGGUAUUGUUUGGGGGCCAUCACAAAGAGGCCAAACCACUCCCACCCCUUCCUGACCCUGAGGAAAUGAUGUCAGAUGAAGCGGCUGACAGCGAGGUGGAAUUCUUUACCAGUGACCGCCAGCGCCUGCUCCCCAAAAGCUGCCCCAGAGCCAUCUGCAAGGGCGGGAGCAAGGACAGCGGUCAGGUCAAUCGCGCUUACCAGGAUGGGAUGGACUCCAUAGCUUUCUCCUGGCCAAGCAGAGAGGACAGACAAGUUGGUAGGGGAGGCAGGUUUGGACCCAGCGACUGGUCCUUCGCUGGCCAGAGAGCGGAGGGUCAGCGCGGGGCGUCCGCUGUCAGGGAAACCUGCGCUAGCAAAGAGCUGGAGACACACGUCUCUCCUAGAAUGCAGUUUUCCGGGCCAACUUUUCCCGCUCAAGCACCCGGUGAAAAGCCCCAAGUCCCCCCCCGCAUCCCCAUCCCGCCUAAGCCAAAAACCAGGAGCGGCGGCGAGGAAGACAAGCCCCCGAAAAUCCCUCCGAGAGUCCCGCUCGUGCCCCCCUGCCCCCCGCGCACCCCGAGCCCCAAAAGCCUUCCCAUUUACAUAAACGGAGUGAUGCCCGUCACGCAGAGUUUCGCUGCUAACCCGAACUACGUGAGUAAGGCGCUGCAGAGGCAGCAGAGCGAGAGGGCUCCUCCGCCAACGCCGCUCUCGCCCUGCAUCGUCCCAAUCUUGAAGGACGGCAAACAGGCCAGCGCCACGCACUACAUCCUCCUGCCGCCGGGCCGGCCGGCGCACGCCCAGAGGCGCGAGAGGCUCCUCAGCGAGCCCAACAGGACUGCCAGCACAGGCCUCUGGCUGAAAAGAUAG